AGCCCAAACUUUCCAGUAGCACCACAGGCGGCUGCUGCACAAAGACAAACAGAAAGAGGGACAGCUGUAGAUUGAUAAAGAAAAAUAUUUAGUGCAAGUUACAGUUUAGGCAACUUUUUUAUUGCUAAAUUUUUAUAUUCAUAUUUUGUUUGAAGGGCCCUUUGUGUCAGACAACAACAAAAAAAAGAGGAAAUGCUGAGUCUGCUGUUCAUCACAAUAAUCCCCCUGACCCUGGUUGGCAGUGUGUUCAGCCAAGUGACGACCUCUCCAGUGCCAAUCGUCAAGGUUAUGGCCGACCUAGGUAGCAAUGUCACUUUGCCCUGCAAAUUAUAUCAGCAGUCGUCACCUUUUGACAACUUCGGUUACCGUGUCAUAUGGACCAAGUUGGCAGAGGAUGAAAAUUACAAUGAGGACGUGCUGCUUGCGAUGGGCGAACACCAGAAGACCUAUGGGAACUUUGAGGGCCGUGUCUUUUUGCACGAGAUCGAUACUGAAGAUGCCUCCAUAGUAAUCACUAAUGUCUCCAUGGAUGACAUGGGAAAAUAUCGCUGCGAGAUCAUCAAUGGACUGUUUGACACCUUGCAAGAGAUCGUCUUGCAGGUUCGGGGUAAUCUCACUGACGGUGUUGUAUUCCCAUACCAUCCUCCCCUGGGACGCUACAACCUCAACUUCAAUGAUGCAGUGCAGGCCUGUGCAGACCAAGACGCACUUGUUGCCACCUAUGAUCAGCUGGAACACGCCUGGAAGAGUGGUAUGGACUGGUGCAAUGCUGGCUGGCUGAGUGAUGGCACAGUGCAGUAUCCCAUCACCCAACCCAGAGCGCCUUGCGGUGGUUCAAACAACUCUCCUGGGAUCAGAAACUAUGGACGUAGAGACAAGGACAAGAGCCGCUACGACGUAUUUUGCUAUGCAUCUGCACUCAAGGGACAUUUCUACUGGCUGGUCCAGCCUGACAGGCUGACCUAUGAUGAGGCUGUGCAGGCCUGCUUAGAUGAUGAUGCAGAGAUUGCCAAGGUGGGCCACAUCUACGCUGCCUGGAAGCUUGAGGGCUACGAUCGCUGCGAUGCUGGAUGGUUGGCUGAUGGAAGCAUCCGCUACCCCAUCUCAAGGCCACGCAAGAACUGCAGCCCCAAUGAAGCUGCAGUGCGCUUUGUUGGGUUCCCCGACAAGACAAUAAAGUCCUAUGGCGUGUACUGCUUCAAGGCUAAGCAGUGAGGGGGUAGGGAAGCCAUGACCACCAAAGACCAGCAACAACCACAUCAUGUAAAGUCAACAAUAAAGCAGACAAGCUUUGGAUUUAACUAGCAUGAACUCAAUAUAUUUCUGAAGCUGUGAUAACCCUUACCCUUACUACAAAUACUGUACACACUAUAUGCAAUAAGUGAAAAAAUGUUGUGUAGCUAGUUAGAAAGUUUUAGUUUUUUUUCUCAAGCUGUGCAUUCAUUGAUUUGACACAGACUUUUCUAAAAAGGAUCUAGUGUGACAAAGACAAAAACUUAAUGGUCGAUAUUGGCUAUUUUUUGGUUUGUCCACCACAGAAUUGAAUGAUUAGAUGUGUGAAUUUCGAGAUUUAGAGCAAUUACGCUGAUGUGCAGAUGGUGCUUGCUGCUUUCGAAUUUGGUCUUGAACAAAAAACAUGAUAUGUAAUUAUAUUAUAUUUUAUAAAACCCCACGAAAGACCUUUAAUUAAUAACAAAGUGAUGAACAUAACCUUGCCAUGACUGCUUGAGCUGUGGUUUUGCUGUAUACAUGUUAUACUGCAGUAAGUUACCACUUGGCUCAGAGCUGAAGCUCUUAAUUUAAUUCUGAAGCUGCAGAAGAUCAAAUUAAUUGCUUAGAAAAUUAUGUCUUAGUCUGUCUGUGACCUUUUCUGCAUCGAAAGUUCCUGUUGAAUGAUCUCCACAUUGCAAUCAGAAUUUAGUUUUACCAUUAUAACCUUUUUUUUUCUAACCACAUGUGUAAUUUGUAAUGACACACACUUUGGAUGAGUUACAGAUUCUGCCUUGUACUUGCAGACAGUUUUGUGAAACACAUUUUUUUGGACAGACAAUAACUGCUUUACUAGCAGGAUUUCAGCCUAACAAAGAAGCAAACCCAAUGAUUGUAAGAACAAUGGCGAUGCCCAAAGGAAGACAAUAAUCACAUUUAAGGGCAGAAAUCCAUUGCGACUGCAGACACAAUUCCUAUUUCUUUUUUUUUCUUUCUUUUUUUUCUUUUUUUUUUUACGGUGAGCUGUGAAGUUCCACUGGUAGUCUAUUCUUUUAAAGGUCUGAUUAAUUAUGAUAAUCAGAGAUUGUAAUGUAGAGACGUGGCAAGUAGAUGGCACGGUUUAUAGCUACCAGUCGAAAAAAAUAAUUAGAAAACUAGUUUUUACUACAUUAUUUCUUCUCUAACCCUGGCCACUGACAUAAUGGUACUUACUGCAGAUCACAUCAAAUGUGGUAAUAUGGUGAUGCAUUGUUUGUAAAAGCUAAAAAAAAAAAAGUGUAUUUGUACACAACUGUGUAUGAGAAGAGAUGAAAGUACAAUAUUUUGUAUCUUAUCACCACGUACCUCUUUCAACAAAACAGUUUGAAAUAAAGUUUUUUGACCAAAA